GAAAAGUUGGAGGACUUUGUAGACACAGGGGCUCAGGCCCAACUCAGGCCCCAAGGAAAGUGGUAGGAAAGCACGCGAAAUGGCGCAUUACUGUGGAGUUCUCUUGCACGUGACGCUGUGAUGAAUGCAUGAGCGGUGUCUUUUGGCAGUUCACGAUGAACACAUUUGCCUUGCCCCGGUGUGGUACUCAUCUGUGUGGUUGUCUGUCUGUCGUGUUGUCUGUUUUCUAUUUUAACGUGCCUGGUGCAGGUACGUCAGGUGCCUGAUGAUUGUGAGUGUCCGUCCCUGAGCCAUUGUGACCGAUCAUGAGCACUCGUCCAUCGAUGGUGAAGCCCCUGCCGCUGAGCACGGCCAUCCCUCCCCCUCCCCCGGGUGCCCCACCGCCCCCCUCCCCUCCCCCAGCCACAGAUGCCAACGACACAUCCAGCUCCGACCGCACGUCAGAGCGGUCACCGUCCAUCGAACACACGGACAGGGACCACGAGCAGGUGCUUCCGUCACCUAUGUCACCCGCCAUGCAAUGCCAUGCCAUGCCUUCCUCUCUGUGUGUGUGAUGUGAUGUGAUCCAUCAGGCCGCGAUUGCUGCGAGUGAGCCGGUGCCGUCCGAGAGCCACAGUGAGGGCUGGCGGCGCGUCGAGGAGGUCGAGAGCUCCAUCAGACGAGGGUCCUUCUCGCGCUCGGACCCCUGUGUCGUGCACAUCGAGCGCAUGAGCAGCCGGCUCGGCCUCGUCAAGACCAAUGCCGCAGCCACAGACCAGCCCCCGACAGCCGAUGACGAAUCCCCCAGCCCCCGUCAGCGUGAGCUUGCCGAGCUGUUGCAGCGCAGCGCGGCCGACCACAUCGACACCCAGUUGCAGGCGAUAUUCGCCGGCGUCGAGGGCGAGAGCGACCCGAAGGCCCUGCAAUCGAAGCUGCAGUCGGCACGGUUCUGGCUGCUGCUGCAGGAGGGCGACCGGCAUCUGCUGCUCGACCGCCUUCGUGAGCGGCAACGGUACCUCACCCAUCUGCAGGAGGAGACGGCGCGGUGUCAGGCGUCAUCGGAUUUCUUGGCCCAGGAGAACCAGGACCUUAUAGGUCAGGUGUCGCGGCUUGGCGAGGAGCUGCGGCAGCUCAAGGGGGAGCGGGACCGGCUCGUGGGGGAGGCCUAUCACGUCAAGGAGCACCUCAAAAUGACAUCCGAGGAGAGCAGAAGACAGGUAGGUGGGGAGUGGGUGACAGGACCACACACAGGACCACACAACGUCUCGUCGACACACACAGCACAGAGAGUUGGUGUCGCUGCAUGGUAUGCAGAUCAAGACGUUGAGUGAGGAGGUGAAGCAUCAGCGGGUUGAGCGGGACAAGCUCCACUCGGAGCGCUCAGCCCUCGAGGCGCAACUCGUGGGCGUCAAGAUCAAACUCGCCGAGGCACAGGUAACCAACCACACAGACACACAGCCCACCACUUGCACAUAACACAAACACGUGGAACAGAAAGACACUUCUUGCUCGCUUCCUGCCUGCGUGCCUGCAUUGUGUGUCUGACUGACAGGAGAAGCAGGAUAACUUAGAGACGCUUGUGGGCUACUACACCAAGCAGCUGGAGCGCUACGCCCCCCACAUCCUCGCCCAAAUCCAGGUGAGCAUCCAUCCCCGCUCGCCUGUUAAGCAGGGCCGCUCGUCCAGCAUCAGCGGCGCCUCCCCCAGCAGCCGCGACACCCCCAUCCCCCUCCCCCCACCACUCACCGCGAGGCCCGACUACGGCGAAAGAAACAUCCGCUCCUCUCCUGGUCGAGCGGCGGUCCCAAGGCUUCCUAUCGGCGGCAUCUCAGAGGGGAGGGAAUAUAGCAGCGGGGCUGGCGCUGGUGGUGGUGGCCCGGGUUUUCUGACUUUUCGGGGACUGUUUGGGCGAGGGACGGGGCAGGAUGACCAUCGAAGUGGCGGGGGGCACUGACUGCAGUGGGGAAAGGGACUUGCUGUGGUGAUCGAUUUUGCUUUAUCGCUCCGUUCCUUUGUUUGCUCACGUCGGCUUGGACGCAGUUGAGUCCGUCCGUGCACAUCUGCAUGACGAG